GGGAUGCUCAUUGCAACUCAGCGUAAACGCCCGUUAAAAUGCUGCUCUCCCACAUGCCCUGCUAUCCGAAGAGGAUUCUGCUUCUCUCUUUCAAGACCUCGUCUGUUGCAUUCAGACGUGCUGUGAAUGUCGUCCCUCGUUGCAAACAUGCCUCGACCAGCUGCUCUCCCUACGCCUCAACCGUCGACUGAGAUCGCCAGCAAGAGUGAUGGUCACACUACCACUUUUGAUGCCUCCUUCAGUCUCGGCCCCGCAGCGUUGCGCGAAGGUACUACGUCCUCAACAACGUCGAAUAGUUCAGAUUCGUCUUACAAUCCGGCAUCGCCCAAUCUAAACUCAAAGCCGUCACCUCCCAAUCCUCGCAAGCGUCCCAGUGCUUCGUUACAAUCAGCCACAGUUCAAGAUGGGUACACAUUACCACCACCACCAACCAGAUCACGUAAGAUCAUUCAAAUGAAGCCACAGGCCAAGCAGCAGCAGCAGCAGCAGCCACAGGACGUAGAACACCAGACGAAACCCACAGAACCGCCAACGCCGACCAGUGCUAAUGGCAAGUCGACAGGAGGGGGAAAGAAGAAGCAAGGUAGCGGAAAUACCGCAGCCGGUCGAAAGAUGGCACGCAAGACUGCACACAGUCUGAUCGAGCGGCGGAGGAGGUCUAAGAUGAAUGAGGAGUUUGGAGUCCUAAAAGACAUGAUCCCUGCCUGUGCGGGGCAGGAGAUGCAUAAAUUGGCGAUUCUGCAGGCAAGCAUAGAGUAUAUGCGCUAUCUCGAGCAAUGCCUCACCGAUCUCAAGGCCUCAACGGGCCACGGCAACUCCAUUUCAUCUUCAGCGAAGCCCACUCCUCGCGAAUCCACGAAUGCGACCCCACAGCCUAGCAGAAACCUCGAUGAGUCUUCAGACGAGGAUGAGGACGAGGCUAUGGAAGACGAUGCAAUCUCCCCCACCACCCUGCCGACGAUGCGCCAUACUUUCCCGCCACUUCCUCCUUCCUCGGCGACAUCACCAAUCCUAUAUGCUAAUCGCUCAAACCCGCACUCCACAACCACGUCACCCAAUAUGGUACCAACAACAGACCCAAGACACUACAGCAUAACAUCGUCCAUCCGCUCUACAGUGACAUCGCCUUCCAUCCUACCUUCUCCAGCUUUCAGCUCCAGUGGCCAUACCGCUCCACCUUUCCCACCUACUGGACACAGCACUUCAGCACGAUUCGCUCUGCUUACCAGCCCGGCGCUGCAUCCGCAGACGGGCAAUUCUGUGCAGAGCACGAAUAGUAAUGUUAAUGAUCACGGCAAACCCGGACUGCAGCGAGAUCAGAGGAUGAGCGAAGACCAAGAAGCUACUGCUGCGUUAUUAAUGUUGAAUUCAGACCGCCGGAAUUGGCAUAAUGGGGCUCGAGGAAUGAGCGUACGAGACCUGCUGAGCGGGUAGAUGAGUGAUGGCGCGUAACGGUAUUUUACGUUUGGUUUUCGGAAUAUGUACGGACGAUGAUGGUAUAGUAGGACUACCGGUUGGGAGGCUUUUUCGUUGAUUUCAAACAUACCAGGAGGUCUUCAGUGAGCGUAGAUUCGCCAGUUUUGUGUGUUUUGUUACCCCCUUUUUGUUCAUCACGUGCUCAUGAGCGACGGAUGUAAUGAUGAAUGCUCCUGGUGUUUCCCGGGGUAUGAGCGUAUAGCGAGGGCACCUUGUUCUUGCGCCGCAGCUAGAAAUAUAUAUGAAAAGUGCUUUCAAGCGGAACACUUGCAG